GUUAUUGUUGUCUCUGAUUGGGAGCCAUAUUUAAGGCAGCCAUAGGCUUUAGCUGUUUGUGGGUAAUUGUCUAUGUGUACUGUUUGUGUCAGCACUAUUUGUCUUAUUAGCUUCACGGUCGUCAGUUUUGUUAUUUUUGUUAGUUCGUUUAUAGUUGUUCGUUUCUUGUUUGUUUCUCUCUUCUUUUAAUAAAGAAGAUGUAUUUUGCACACGCUGCGCCUUGGUCCAAUCUCUCACAGCAAGACGAUCGUAACAGUGCGAAUAGUUUUUGUGAGAACAGUGGUUAUUUUUUUCUUCUUCCGUGACUUUUUUUCUUCCCUUUUUUCUUUAUUCCCAUAUGCUGGAGGUAUAUAUCUUGUUUCCAAUGUUUGAUGACGCAAAUACAGUUUACUUACUACUUUUAUUGAAAUGUAGGCCUAUUUAGACCAAUGCCAGUGUGUAUUGGUAAAUAUGGGUAAUUUCUGAAUGGUGCUCAUAGUGUCGCUGUUCACCAGCGGAGGUAGAAUAGAUACAGCUCUCCACCCAUUGGUGUUGUCAUUAACAAAGCUCUGGUGUAAUUUCACUGCAGAAAACAGUAGAGGUAAACGGUCAGACUGCGCACAUAUUUUGUUUUGAGAUUCUGGUGAAUGUUGAUCUUUUUGUGGAAUACUUUCUCCUUACAUCGAUCUGGUUAACUAUAUUUAUGGAUGUUGUUGGAAGUCUAAGGAUGCUGAACAAAGGAUUCGCAAUGUCAGGCCUGGUCUUCUGCUUUGCUUUCUUUCUUCCACCGCUGCACUCCGCCUAUGGAGACGUGAGCUAUUCUUUUCCGGAGGAGAUGAAACGCGGAUCUGUGAUUGGAAAUAUAGCCAAGGAUCUCGGGCUGGAGGCGAGCAGACUUUCCGCUCGUAAGGCCCGUAUUGAUACCGAAGGGAACCGCAAACGGUAUUGUGACAUUAAUCUGAGUACCGGAGAUCUGAUUGUUGCGGAGAGGAUUGACAGAGAGGGGCUUUGUGGAAAGAAGGCUUCGUGUGUUUUAAAACAGGAACUUGUAUUGGAGAAUCCUUUGGAGCUUUACAGUAUCAGUCUUCAUGUUCAAGAUAUAAAUGACAACUCCCCGCAAUUUAAAGAUGAAUUGAUAAAAGUAGAGAUAAGAGAAUCAGCUAUUAAAGGAGCCCGUUUCUUAUUAGAAGAGGCCCAGGAUGCAGAUAUAGCACAGAAUGCAGUCCAAAAAUAUACAUUACAAAGAAAUGGUCAUUUCAUUUUGAGUGUUGAUACAAAUGUAAUUGAACUAGUCCUGGACAAAGAGCUUGAUCGUGAGCAGGAACGGGAGUUAAGAGUAUUGCUAUCUGCAUCUGACGGCGGAACACCGCAAAGAUCAGGUACUGUAGUCAUACACGUCACUAUACUGGAUGCUAACGAUAACGCCCCAGUGUUUAGCCAGGCCGUCUAUAAAGCCAGUCUGCCUGAAAACUCUCCUUUAGAUACUGUAGUGGUUACAGUGAGUGCUACAGAUGCAGAUGAGGGAGUGAAUGGGGAAGUGACGUAUGACUUCGGCCAUGUGUCAGAGGAGGAUAAGAACAUGUUUUUCAUCAAUUCGAAAAUGGGUGAAAUCAGAGUUAUUGGAUCUAUUGACUAUGAAGAGCUGUCUUCAUUUGAAUUGCGUAUUCAAGCUAAGGAUGGUUUAGGGUUAGCGUCAUAUUCUAAAGUCAUAAUAGACAUCACAGAUAUUAAUGACAACGCCCCUGUGAUAUAUCUAAAAUCUCUGACUAACCCCAUACCUGAGAACGCGUCUCCUGGUACAGAGGUGGGCAUCAUUAACGUGCAGGAUAGAGACUCUGAGAAUAACCGACAGGUCCGCUGCUCCAUUCAGCAAAACGUUCCUUUUAAGUUGGUGCCAUCCAUCAAAAACUACUAUUCUCUGGUGACCACGGGGGAACUGGACCGUGAACUAGUGUCUGAUUACAAUAUUACAAUCACUGCCACCGACGAAGGCUCUCCACCUCUGUCCUCCUCUAAAAGUGUUCAGUUAUCUGUAGCUGACGUCAACGACAACCCACCUGUGUUUGAGGAACAGUCCUAUAAAGCCCACGUGACUGAAAAUAACAAACCCGGUGCCUCCGUGUGUUCUGUUACUGCACGGGACCCAGACUGGAGACAGAACGGAACAGUGAUUUAUUCUCUCUUACCUGGUGAGAUGAACGGUGUCCAAGUGUCCUCAUUUUUAUCCGUUAACGGAGACACGGGGGUGAUCCACGCUGUGAGGUCGUUUGAUUAUGAGCAGUUCAGGAGUUUUAAGGUCCACGUGGUGGCCAGAGACAACGGUUCUCCUCCACUCAGCAGCAACGUCACGGUCAGUGUGUUCAUAACGGAUGUGAAUGACAACUCUCCUCAGAUACUAUACCCCGCCCCGGAGGGAAACUCCUUCAUGACCGAGCUGGUCCCCAAAGCUGCGCACGGGGGCUCUCUGGUUUCCAAGGUGAUAGCGGUGGACGCGGACUCCGGGCAGAACGCCUGGCUGUCCUAUCAUAUAGUCAAAUCCACUGAUCCGGGAAUUUUCACUAUUGGUCUCCACAGUGGAGAGAUCAGGACACAGCGGGACAUUUCUGAAUCUGACAGCAUGAAACAGAACCUCAUUGUGUCAGUGAAAGAUAACGGACAGCCCUCUCUCUCUGCCACCUGUAGCAUGUAUUUGGUGAUUUCUGAUAACUUGGCUGAAGUGCCAGAACUGAAAGAUAUCUCUUAUGAUGAGAGCAAUUCCAAACUCACCUCUUAUCUGAUCAUCGCGCUGGUGUCUGUUUCCACCUUUGUCCUCACCUUCAUUAUUGUCAUCCUGGCCGUGAGGUUUUGUCGCAGGAGAAAGCCCAGACUGUUGUUUGACGGAGCGGUCGCCAUGCCCAGCACGUAUCUCCCUCCAAACUAUGCAGAGGGGGAUGGAGUGGGAACUCUCCGCAGCACAUACAAUUUUGAUGCAUACCUGACGACGGGCUCGCACACAAGUGCCUUCAAGUUCGUCACAUCUUACAACGACAACACUCUGCUCGCGGACCAGACUCUGAGAAAAACUCCAACAGACUUUGCUGAGGCUCUUGAUGACUCUGGUGUGUCCACAGAGGUAGGCCUGCAAAUAUAUAUCAUCUAGAUUUGCUUUAAGACCAACAUGAUGGAAUAGAGGCUAUACUUAUUUUCUUCUUUUUCCCCCUGGAGAAUUCACUAGUCCCAAGGACUUACUCAAUUCUCUAGCUGGGCUAUUUAGGCAGCUUACGCAUGCUUAAGGUUUCAGGAAAUAUGUAAUUUUGUUAGAUGAUUAUUUUCAUCCCCUCGCUAUUUAACUGAUAGCCUCAGUCUUCAGAUGCUAAUGUCCUUUUUUCAAUGGGGUGUGUUUGUGAUUGUUGUACUAGGUGGAGUUUUCACAUAGCCUACAUGCUUCACAGUUUUGAGGUUAAAAUAAAAUGAGUAAAUGCUGUCUGUGGAGAGUUUAUUACAGUGUAGCUGUCCAUGGUGCUGAAAUUCAGAACAUCUCUGUAGGCUAACGCUCAUUCAGCAUUACCUCUUUCCAGUAACUUGCCCAGUGAUUUUCUUCGUCGACAUUAAAAAAGUUUGCAUAGAAAAUAUACGCGGCAACUGCUUGCUAGGGUGCGUUUCUAUUGAACUAUCUUGUGUCGAUAAAAACAGCUGGACGCAAUGACGUCGCACCUAAAACAACACUUUUUCCAAAGAACCUACAGCGUGGAAUAUAAAUCUAGUGGUUGAAGUGUUUCCAUUAACCAUUUAGAGAAAUUGCUCAUUAACAACUGAUCGAGAGUCUGUAUGCACUUCCACCUAACUGUUUAAUUUCUCAGGUAGCCUGCGAAAGCCAGCGUAGACAGAAUGCAAUAAUUGAUACAUUUUUGCCAUAUUCUAAUAAUUGUCAUGUGACAGUAUCGCCAAAGUCCAUGCUAUGGUGAAACUUGCAAUCCUGUAGAUCUGAAAUAAUUGAUUGGUGAAAAUUACCAGCCAACCAGAAACGCAAGGCGAAGCAAUUCGGACAUUCUUUAAAGUCAGGACAAAUCUUGUCCUGCAAAGAAACGUACUUUUUUAUAGUAUACAUUUUUAUUUUGCAAGCAGUAGGAAUUUGGAAUUUAAUGUGGAGUGGAGCUCAUUGUUACAUGAUUACAUCACGUGCCCCACGAACCUUCAAAAGUAUUUGUCAAUCAUUUUGUUGUUUCUUUACAUCAUCAUUUGUCGAAAUCAAGAAAGUUAGAAAAAAAUGAGAAAUCCACCCGUUAAAUGGAUAAAAAUUAUGUCGAUCUUUCAACCUGGUCUCAGAGAAUUUCCUAUUAUUCUGUACGUAAAUCCUAGGCUCUUCAUUUAGUAUGUAUAAUAUGUUUAGUAUGUUUACAUAAGACAGAUGGUUACUUAAGGCAAAAACGAAAGUAGGGUGGUUUGUCGUGGUGGAUGGGUGGGCGUAUAACGCAAACUUCCAGCAACCCAAAGUUUGCGAGUUUGAAUCUCAUCGGACAACUUUUGCAUUAUAGCUAAUUAGCAACUUUUCAACUACUUACUGCUUUUAUGCUACUUUGCAACUACUUAGCAUGUUAGCUAACCCUUCCCUUCACCUAACCCUACCCUUAAUACAUACAAUUUGAAACGUAACAUAUCAUGCUAAAUGGGGUGUCUUGGAUUUACGUAAAGAAUCAUUUACAAUGCUCUGAGACCAGGUUUUAUCUUUAGAAAAUGUCUCCUAUGGCUGCAGUUUCCAUUACAUGUGUCGCAAUUAAUUGUUUUGUGACAUUGCUUUUGUCGAAUAAACUUGGAUCAAUGGAA